AGAAAAAGAGUCGUCCCCCGAGACCCGCGUGGUCGUCCGGUCCAGAGCGGGCGGCGGCCGGCAACAAACGAAACGGAGCCACCUUCCCCUCCUCCCGUUGCCAUCCCGUCCAGUUCCCGCUAUCCAGACGACCCCGUCCGCCUCGGCCUGCGCCCUCCCGCCCGCCUCCACCCUCUACAAGAACCCACCCUGCUCGUCCCACGCGGAGAUCCUGUGCCAAGAACGAGAAGGGUCCUCCGGUCCAAGAACCAGACGGCGUUUGCGGGGAGAUGGAGAUGGAGGCGGUCGCAGGUGCAGGGCUGACCAGGUGGCAGGCGGCGGCGCUGUCGGCGGUGGCGGGAUGGGUGUGGGCGGCCUCGUUCUACGACCUCACCCGGCGGGCGCGCGCGCUGGUCCAGCCGUGGGUCACCCGCCAAGUGCUCGCCGAGACGCCGGUCAUCCUCAGGUUCCAGAGGUUGCAACACAAGUUGCUGGAUAAUUUCUUCUCUGUGCUGUCAUGCGGUGUCUCUGUCCCCUUCUACACAGGAUUCCUCCCUCUCCUCUUCUGGAGCGGACACUGUAAGCUGGCUAGGCAGAUGACCCUUCUCAUGGCUUUCUGCGAUUACCUCGGCAACUCUGUCAAGGAUAUAGUGUCAGCUCCUCGGCCAAGCUGUCCUCCUGUUAGAAGAGUGACAGCUACUGAAGAUGAGAAGGAAAAUGCCAUGGAAUAUGGGCUGCCUUCAUCGCAUGCUCUCAAUACUGUUUGUUUAAUGGGAUAUCUGUUGCAUUAUGUCCUCUCGUAUGGAGCACAUGGCAGUGUUAUGGUUGCUGUGGGUUUAUCUCUUGCUUUCUUGCUUGUUAUGCUAGUUGGCAUUGCAAGGAUUUAUUUGGGUAUGCACAGCUUGACCGAUGUUAUUGCUGGGAUCGGUUUUGGCAUUGUCAUCCUUGCAUUCUGGUUGGUUGUCCAUGACCAUGUUGAUGCCUUUGUUGUCUCUGGGAAGAACGUUGCAUCCUUCUGGGCAGGCCUUUCUCUAUUGAUGUGCUUCGCUUAUCCAAAGCCAGAAUUCCCAACCCCUAGCUUUGAAUACCAUGCAGCAUUCAACGGAGUUGCUUUCGGAAUUGUCUACGGCAUCCAGCAAACCUACUUUCAUUUCCACACCCCUGACGUCCCCCUCAUCUUCAGCCCGCAACUACCCCUCCUUGCAUUCGUGGGGCGGGUCCUCGUUGGUAUCCCGACCAUCUUAGUCGUGAAAUUCUGCAGCAAAGCGCUCUCCAAAUGGCUGCUGCCCGUCAUGUGCAGCACCCUGGGCAUCCCCAUCGUAUCAUCCUGCUAUGUUCCGGCCCUCAAGGUCGACAGCAGCAAGAACAAGCCCGACGCCAAGCAGGUUGGCUAUCUCCAGAAGGUCUUCUCCCUCUUCCCCCAGAAGGCGUACGACGUGGACACCGGGAUCAGGUUCGUCCAGUACGCCAGCCUCGCGUGGUCCGUGGUCGACUUGGUGCCAGCCAUUUUCACUCAUUUAAAUUUGUAGUCAACCUACAAGGUGCUACUAUUUUUUUUAAUCUUUUUGGAGCUCACGAUGGGGUACUGCUUCUCUAGUCGUAAGACAUCCAUCAUCUUAUGAAGCUGUAAAUUCUAUGA